AAUAUAAACCAUUUUUAUAACUAUUCUGAGACAGUUGUGAGCAGAGCUUUGGUGUAGUUUAUUUAUGAUUUAGCAACGAUCUUUGAGUUUGAUCGGACGAUGUUAGCUGAUGAUCCUGAUCUCGUCCGAUCAGAAACCGUUCCUAAAGGAACUAACUAAGCUUUGGUGAUGCCCCCAGGGACAAACAAAUUUUUCCCCCCAAGAAUCCAUCAACUUGGAGUUAGUGUUUACGCUUAUUAGUUUCAACUUGCAACCUCAUUUUUUGAUAUUGGAAGUUGGAAGUUGUAACCAAGGGACAUAACUCGUGUAAGCUUAUUGCACGAAAUCGCAUGCUUGGAAAUUGCAUUUUGAAGGACUUUUUUGAAACAAAAACGUUACGAAUUUAAAUUAAAAAUUGAAAUAAUGGUGGAUUUGGGUAAAUCGUGCUACCUGCUGGCUCAAGUGUUUCGACAAAUAAUACUGAUUAGAAAUUACAGUAAACGCUUUAAAAAGUGACUUCAGCAUUUCAUUCAUAAGUUAGGAUGUAUUACGGCUGUUACGCAUACAGUACCAAACUUUCACUCAUUUUGAAAAUUGUAAGGUCGAGAGAUGAGGUACCGUUACCUUUACUAACUUUUAGAAUGGUGCAGGUUGUAGGGUCUGAUAAUGACAUCUGUCUAGCCCUGUGUACACAUUGGCGUGCACGUAAAAGAUCUCUUAUUGGUAGUUGAAAUUCGAUAUAAGAGUGGGCCAUAGCACUGUUGUCAGGGCAAAAUUUCCCUCAUAGCACACUGUAUGGCGUAUGCCUGUCUUCAUUAUCCUGGUCAGGAACAGAACAGUAGGACGUUAAUUCUCAUUUUAUUUUCAAAUGUAGGGAUUCAAAUGUCAGUGGUGCAGGAUGGAAUUCCUGGCAAGGAACAGUAUAUAGUCGUUAGCAUGCACAUAAAAGAACCCUUGGCAGUUGGAAUUCGAUGUAAGAGUAAGCUGUAGCACCACUGUCUGGGCAAAAUUACACUCAUUGCACACUGCAUGGCACUUGGUCAACUUCAUUAACCUGGUAGGAGUAGAAAAGUAGAAUGUAAAACCCCUUUUAUUCAUUCCAGGUUUGCUUCUACGGCAAUGGAUACUGGUAAAGGCUACACAUUGUAUAAGACUACAGCUAUUAAUUCUGAUGAUAGGCAAGGUCCCAAACCGAAGAAGAGAAAAGUUUAUCGCAGUAAAUAUAACAAAGAUGGGUUGCCAGAGCACAAGAGAGAAACAAAAUGUCGAAUCUGCGGAAAGGAAUUUAAGACUAAUCCAAAACUUGCCCGACAUAUUGAAAUAACACAUGGGGAGCGAAAGUUCAAAUGUGAAAUCUGUGGCAAAGGUUCUCAAACUGCAGCAAAUUUGAAAAAACAUUAUCAAGUGCAUUCUGGUGAACGCCCCUAUAACUGCGAAAUUUGCGGACAGUGUUUUGCUUACAGUGGAAAUCUGAAUAAUCAUAUAAUAGACCAUUUAGCUGAUAAAAAGCCUGAUUUUUCUAAUCUAACUGAUUUUCAGUCAAAACAGAUUCACAUAAAUAAUAAUGAUAUGCCAAAAUCUUUCAGCCAACAUCUAUCAGAGGCACAGGAGAGGUUUGUUUCUGGGGCAAUGGAUACAGGUAAAGGCUACACAUUUUAUAAAAGCACUGCUGUUGGCUCUGAUGGACAAGGUCCCAAAAAGAGAAAAGUUUAUCGCAGUAAACAUAACAAAGAUGGGUUACAAGAGGAUCAGAGAGAAAGAAAAUGUCCAAUCUGCGGAAAGGAAUUUGCGACCAAUAAAAAACUUGCCAGCCAUAUUGAAAUAACACAUGAGGAGCGGAAGUUCAAAUGUGAGACUUGCGGCAAAUUUUUUCAAACUGCAGGAAAUUUGAAAAAACAUGAUCUAGUGCAUUCUGGUGAACGCCCUUAUUACUGCGAAAUUUGCGGACGAUCUUUCACUCAGAGUGGAAACCUAAAUAAUCAUAUAAAAGGACAUUUAACGGAUAAAAAGCCUGAUUUAGCUACUUUAUCUAAUCCAAGUGAUUUAAAUGUAGUUCGACCUAAACAGAUUCACAUGACCGAACCAUGUCAAGUAACUUGUCAAGCAACGGGUGAAAAGAAAACCGGUUCUUUACAUUUAGUUUAUAAAUUUAUUUAAAGCAGAAUUUUUACUUGUCAAACAUGGAUUAUGUAAGAUAUACAUGUAGAUAAAGAACUGAUAGAUAAAGAACUGACAGUUUUCUCUGUAAUAGGUCAUAAAUGGGUAAUGAAAAGGGAAUAUGUUGAAAAUUUCAGUCAUAUCACUUCACUCUGAGCAGAGUUAUUGUCAAUUGCAGAACAGAAUAAUCAUGAUUGUCAUUGCUACUGUUGUUACGAUAAUAAACAAAAUCUUGAUUAUCCAUUUUUAAAUUAAAUCAUUGAUUGCAAAUCCUGUUUAAAUCUGUUGAAAUUCUGGAGCAUCUAAUGGCAUCGAGAGUUGAUUAUAUGUAUGUGCUUGGUAUGUGAAUGGAUGCCUAAUUAAUAAUUUAUAUAACAUUGAAGGCGUAAAGAGAGACCUGCAAUAAGCAGAUUUACAUGUACAUGUAGCUUUUGAAUCAUACCUCUUUAAAUUUGAACAAUCUAUAUAAUAUGUGCAAUUUUUAUACGCCCCAUAUUGAUUUUGGAUUAUGGUUGUAUAAUGUUAUCACCUGUGUCCUUUGGUCCAUCCAACUUUUUUUUGUUAAUGCUCUACACACAGUUCUACAUGAUAGUUCAUUAUGUUAUCCUUCUGUUCACUUUUUGAUGGUUAAAUCUUGUGAUACAGGAUACAGACUAAAGUUCUCCAUACUAAGUGAGAUUGUCCUGCAUUUCCCAGAGAUUGACAUUUUUACUUUUAAAGUUUAAUACAAAGAGUAUAACCAGUAAUAGAACUUUAAAUGUUGAUCCCUGGGAUAUGUUAACAACUACUUUAGAAUUAGCACAGACACCUUUGCCACCAGGUGAGGGGUAAAGCUCUGUCUAUAUUUCAAAUUCCAUAAAGUCAUUCCUCAGUUACAUCCAUAUAUUAAGCUACGGUUCUUUAUUUUUGUUUUGUAUUAAUUUAAUGUAUAUUUGUUUAGGAUAAUGAUUUUAUGAAGUUAUUUGACCGUAAAAUAUUAGUGGUUCAUAUAUUUGUAAUAAGAAAAGCACAAUACAAUGUAUAUAUUGAGAACGAUUAGAGAACACUUGUCGAAGCAUUUAUCUGUACUAACCAGUGAUUGUUUUUACAUAUAAAAUUGUAUUCUGCUUUUAUUGUUUUUAAUAGUUAAAUGAAAUACCACUCAAGGAUAAUUUCUAAAUGAAAUGCCAAUCAAGGAUUAUGUGCAAUUAUUUUUCUCAUGUUUCUUUUUCAGUCAUGAGCUUGUCCUGAUAUUCAUAUUAAUAAAACAGCAAAGGUUGUGCAUAGUUUUAUUUUUGGUGUACAUAAGAAAAUUAUGUUAGACAUUUAAUAUUCUACUUUAUAAUAAUUUUAUCUUUGGUGUAGUUAGUAAAAUACGUAUUGUUGUGCAAUUUCCUAUGGAGGCCAAACCAAUUUGAAUUUCUGUUUUUCAGGAACAUUUGUUAUACUUUCACUUUCUAUUUUUUCAGGGGAAAAACUAAUUUAAAAACACUUCUCAAAAGCUUUUAGUUUCAAAUAUUUAAUAUUUGAAAUUUUAACUAAACUUUGCACACAAGAAUUGAGUGGGUUACUUAGUGACCAAGUCCCUGAAGAAAUAAAAAUUAAACUGGUUUGGCUGGAGGAUUAAUAUGUUGUUAUUUUAUUGAUCAGGGUGGGUGGGUUGUCUAGUGGUUUAAUGUGUGCGCGUGAAACCGUAAGGUCUGUCACUGAGUCAAAUGGAGUAGUUUCUAUUCCACCAAGGAAUAGGGUCAUAUGUCCAACCUCGUGGGUUUCCUCCCACUACUAAAGAUCCCUAUUUGCAAGCGCUGGAAACAAAAAUCAAAAUGAUCAGAUUUUUGAUUUUGUUAUAUUUAUUUAUUUGAUUUAUAUAGUAUUUAUAUAAUAGAUGUACAUUACUAUUGUUUAUAUUGUACCAUUAUAUACACGUAUGUACAAUAUAUUACAUGUACUGUAUUUACAAUAUAUUACACAUACUGUUUAUAUUGUACGGUUAUAUACAUGUAUGUACAAUAUAUUACACGUAUAUAUUACAUGUACUGUUUAUAUUGUACCGUUAUAUACAUGUAUGUACAGUAUAUUACACGUAUAUAUUACAUGUACUGUUUAUAUUGUACCGUUAUAUACAUGUAUGUACAGUAUAUUACACGUAUGUACAAUAUAUUACACGUAUGUACAAUCAUGUACUGUUUAUACUGUACCCUUAUUAUGUACACUAUAUUACACGUAUUGAGUGAUUAAAUAUACAUACCAGUACUAAAAGUCAAA